AUGCUCAGCCGCACCCUCACCAUAAUCCUCGCCGUCACCCUCGUCAUCCUGGCCCAGGCCUCGGCCUCGGCCCCGUCGUACGUGGGCAAGAUCCUCGUCUCGUCCUCGGGCUCCUUUGCCCGCUUCCGGGUCCAGUACAACGCCGGCAACCCGAACCGCAACGUCAUGUACAUGGCCGGAUCAACCAUUGUGGCCGUCUCGCCCUCUUCACCGACCCAGUACUCGUCGUACUCGCUGCCGGCGGGGACGGACUCGCCCGUCGGCAUCUUCCUCUACGGAUCGGUGGGCGGAUACGUGGCCAUCACGCCGCAGCCAGGCAAGCUGGUUGUCCUCAACUGCGCGCAGCCGUCGAACCCGUACGGCGGGUCGUGCUCACUGACGCAGGCCGCGUCGAUCACGCUCCCGGUCGCCGCGUCGACAGAGUGGGUCGACAUCGGAAUCGGCUUCACCUCGGGCCAAGGGCGCUACCUCUAUCUCAUCGCCGCCGACCGCACCGUCGCCGUCAUUGCCGCUAACCAGAACUCAAGCCCCUCGGGCUGGUCGGUCGUCCGCACCUUUACGCUCUCCACGCCUUCCACUGCAGCCUACCCCAACGUGGUCGGGCUCGAAGGCGGCUCGAGCAUGGGCGUUGUGUUUGUCUCGCUCGCGGCUGCUUCCUCGAACUCGACCGGCGCGCCGGGUGCCAUUCUCACGCUCGAUGCCGCCUCGUCGGCGGUCACCAGGUCGACGUUUGUACCCAACCCUGCAUUCACCGUCACCUCGGGCGGCUCGGCCGACCUCAUUGCUGUCGUCGGCGCACUCAACGCCUCGACUUCGAUCGCCCACACCUUCUCCGACGUCUCCUUUCCGCAUGGCUACCAGGUCUCGUGGCCGUCCAACGGGCCUAUUGUUGGCGGUUGCAACAUUGUCGGCGAGGUCACCUCGACCUCGAUGCCGCUCUUUGUCGUCGCCGAUACUGGCUCGGGCCUUGCCCUCCGCCGCGUCGCACCAACCGCAGGCUCAGUCUCGCCGGCCGUUGUCUCUUCCGAUUCGGCUGUCUUUGGCGUCGACUGCAUGGCCGCCGAGAACUUUCUCUCGGGUGGCGAGGACAUCUGGCUCCCCGCCCGCGAGAGCAGCGCCAACGUCGUCCUCGUCUACUCAUCGUCCGGCCUUGUCGCCGCAUCAACCGCCAAGCGCGCCGCCGCCGCUGCUGCCGCCACCUCGGCCCGCAUCGAGUCGCUCGCCCUCCACGGCUCAGACUCGGGUUGCGCAGACCCUGACAUGGACCACGCCGGUUAA